AUGGAAAUCGUUGGUGACCUGGAGCAAUUUCUUGCCGAUACUUGGCACGAUAUUGCGAAUCUCGUACGGGAAUCCGCAGUUUACAUAGAUCAUGCAGCGACAGAGUGUCUGCAUUGGCAUACCGGUGGCAGGAUAUAUUCCUUCCUUAAGGAUGCUGGUGCAGUAUCCGUUUACGAACUGGCCAUGUACAAUUUUCGUUACGUGAAGGUGCAGAAUUGCAAGAAGGCUACUAUUAUUUCAACCUCCACAAAUCCAGCAUUUUAUCAGCGUACUGUCAAGAUGAUAAUGGAGAAGAAUGCAUUUGAUUGUUGUACAAUUGUCACUGCUGCACAUCCAACUGUACUGAGUUACGAAGACACAGUUCCAUUAGAGGAUAGAGUGGAUUAUAUCAAAUUAAAAAGAGAUGUGAAAAGCUGGAUGCGCUCCAAUCAACAGUCACAAGACUGUUUAGUGACAAUACUAUUUCGACCUAUUUUUAUUAGUCCAAUUGACAAUGGUUUAUUUGUGACACCACCCUUUGUUGAUCUAUUGUCACCUUUAAAUAGCGAAUUAAUAAAGAAUUCAGAGUGCGCGGUUGAUCAUCUCGUAAGCUUAUUUAACAGUUUGUUCGCAUACUUAAACUUGAAAGAAGACAUUUACUCGAUGGGAAAGUUCAGCGAAUAUGUUGCUGAAAAAUUAGAAACGUUACCAGCAGCUGUUAAUCGUAGAAAUAAUUUAAUUGGUGCAAAGAAAAAAGGAGUAUCUUUAAUCUUUGUCGACAGAGCAUUAGAUCUUUGUACUCCUACUAGUAAUAACACUGAAUCAUUGUUAGCCAGGAUACUAUGCACUUUACCACAUUUGUCUCAUCACUGCAACGACGUCGCCAUAAACAUGUCUUCUCUAUUUUGUGGUUCACAGGAACUUAUCGAAAUACCAGGAUGCUUAGCCAAUAAGGACAAAAGUUUGAUGAAUAUAUUAAUUACGAAAAAACAAAAAGAGGUGCUAAUUGCUACAAAUAAAAUGCUCAUCGACAUUUUGUCGACAAAAGAAAAUCUAAAACCAAAACUAGCAACAAGGAUUACUGCGCACAGUCUAGAAAAACUUGUAAAUAAAGUCAAAGAUAAAGAUAAUCUUCAUGCUAUAACAGAAUCAAGCAAAAAGCUUCAAGUGAUACUGGGAAUUGUACAAGCAUUAACAUCGGAGAAAACUUCCCAAUUAGAUCUGCUGAUUAGUCUUGAGAAACUAGUAUUGCAAAAUAUAGCUGUAAGUCGUGACUCUACGAACGUGCUUGGGCAAUUUAGCAAUAUAAUACGAACUCGCGAGAAACGAGGUCUGGAUACAGAUAAUAUCUUGGCCCUUUUGAUGCAUAUUUAUGCGCUUGCUGGAACUGAAAUACAAUUUUCUUCUCAACAAGAGCAGCAGCUAAAGGAAGCCAUCGCCGAUGCUUUAUUUGAAGAUGUUACAAAAUUAAAUGAGAAUCCAGUUAAUAAUAAGAUGUCAGUGUAUCAACAAACUUUAUUACUCUUUGCUGUUGCUGAUGAUCAAUCUCUGAAAGAAACAUCUGUGAAAGUAGCAGAACGCUUCAUGAAUGUUUUACAUGAAAUAGCACUGCAACGUGCAUUUCUACACAAUUACACCUCCUUAAUGUCCAAAUCAAAUUCUCAAGAAAUUGUUCAACGAGUUGGCAUUUUGCAACAAUUACUGAAAGACAUAUUCCAUCCAAACAGAUAUGAAAUUCCUGAUUUACAUCAGAGAUCGCCUUCAUUGUUUUCAGCUGGAUUCAAUUUAUUUUCCAAAGGAAAAGUGAAACAUCCGCGUAACAAUGAUUGGAUUAUUAUUUAUAUUAUUGGAGGCGUGACACCGGAAGAAGUAAGAGAAACUAAAGAAAAUAUAUCUUUAUUUAAUCCAAAUUGCCAAAUAACAUUAGCAGGCUCGAGAUUAUUAAAUCCGUUAGACAUAGUGGACAAAUUUCUCCUCUCAUCAAUUGAUUAUUAA